CCUACAUGGUACCUAACAUUGUCCUCGUGACGAAGUUAACUAUUUGAGAUUUUUUGUUUUUCUGUAUGUGUGUUUUUUUUAUUUUUCUUUUGAGAUGGAUGUUUAAAUUUCAGGCCUCACGCCAAACCGCAAGUUUAUUACCUGCCCACUCGCACCUACCUUACUUAACGUAUUAUUUACCUACCUAGGUACAUAUAUACUCGGCGUACCUGCCUUAUAUCCCACGUCCCGACCCCGACCGUUCUUUCACGCCUUCUCACCAUCAUUCGAACCAGCCUUGCCGAUGCCCAUCUCCACCUACAAAAAACAACUUCUUCGGGCGGGCGCCUUUCUUUGUCUAUAACCUCUAUCUGCCCUCGAGGACGUAUUAACAACAACAACAGUUCUGCAUGUAGCCCCGCCUCGCCAUUCACAGCGACAAGCCAGGAAGGCAUAUAAUAUAAUAUGGCCUCAAACAACCAUUCACAGGGUAACAGCCCUCUUUACAACCCUGUUUACUCACCCUCACCUACUACAAGUACUACAACCUCCAUGCAGAAUGGAUCCUCGAGACUUAAUAUGAACCCAGCCCUCCUACUUAAUCCUAAAGGCUACUCUGCCCCUACUCCGCCUACUCGACCAAAUGCGCCAGCCCGCCCUUUUAGCAAUUCGAAUAACUCGGCCGACAUCGAAUUCCAAUUCAAUAGUCCCGAUUUUCAGUUCUCCAACCCGCCGAAUGGCUAUACGACCGCCAUCAGUCAGUCUAUGCCGCAAUCUAGCAAUUUUAGCAAUAUGAUUGACCGCAUGAACAAUGUGGAGCAGCGUACAUUCAAUCCUCAAACAAAACGUCGAAAGCUCGAGGCGGAAGAUAAUGUUAGUCCGGCGCACGCGUUUAGAAGCGGCGGCGGCGGUGGGGUUGUUGGGCAAUACGUGAAGGAGAGGCGACAAGAGGGAGGCAAUCAGCAAUUACCAACCAGACCAGUCGAGGCCGUAGACCUUACUGACAGCGUGGAGGAAGAUGACGUAGCCGUGGUACAAUCUCCCAUGGAUGAAGAGAUCUGUUAUGGCAUGAUCCAACACGCGAGUCUUAAUUGUCAUAUCGUUCCAAGUCCCAAACCAGGCACCAUCACAGUCAUGGAAAACCACUGGCCUCAAGUAAAGAUAAUCCUUAAAAGAAACUUUGGGGAGACAUCUUCUAUUAUUCACGCCUACGACCAUACGCGCAAGAUAGUUGGAACUGUCGAUGCCAGCACCGCGUCCGGCCUCGUGGGCUUAUUGGACUCCAACCUUCAGCUUAGAACCGACUGCAGAUUACCUACGAGGCAGAAGGUGGCAGGGGAAGAAUCUGGAAAGCAGAUCUCAAGAAGCUAUGUUCUUGCUAUAAUGCUUUAUGGCCCUCGGAAAAAUGGCAAGACAGUUGCGAGACAUCUUUCCCGGAAGAAUCUUUGGCUUUGUGGUCCCCUGAGGCUUGAUCCUAGUGUAAAAUACGAGAAUCCACAGCUUGCCGAUGGACCUAAGCCUCCACCAGUUAUCAAGGAGCCGCUCAAGAUGAUUCCUACUGCGGCUGCGUCGGUCCCAUCUUCUAUGAUGGCUAGCGUUGAAGAGAUCCGUUCUGAAGUCAUGGGGGUUUUUGACUCUCUUACAAAGAACGAAGAGCUUCCUGAGGUGGAACCCGACCCUCGAGUACAGACGGAACUUUUAAAGCACCAGAAACAAGGACUCGGCUUUAUGAUGAACAAGGAGCUGCCUCGCCAAUUCGGCAGUGAUGGCAAGGCUGUCGGUUCUUUCUGGCAAAUCCGUCUAGGUAACAACGGCCAGAAGACGUAUUACAACGUAAUUACUGGAAGCGCGCAACGCGAAGCCCCUCCCGAGACCCUCGGUGGUAUUCUUGCGGAUAUGAUGGGUCUAGGAAAGACGCUAAGCAUCUUAUCUCUUGUUGCUAGUUCCCUCAAGGCAGCCGACGAGUGGUCAAAGCUUAUGCCUAUUCAGCCACAGGCUCCUCCUAUGCCCAAGAAGAAACCCAAUUCUUCGGGACAGUUUGACGUGCCCACACCACAGCCGCUUGGUUUGACCCAACUAAAACUGAACGCCAAAACAACACUUUUGAUAUGUCCUCUCAGUACGAUAACGAAUUGGGAAGAGCAAAUCAAGGCUCACAUCCAGCCUGGUCAGCUGACGUAUUAUAUUUAUCAUGGAUCCAAUCGCAUUAAGGAUCCCGAAAAGCUUGCCACGUUUGACCUCGUUUUGACAACCUACGGGUCUGUUGCUAGCGAGGUAGCAUCCCGUAACAAGGGCAGGCAGGGUUCAUAUCCUCUCGAAGAGGUAGGAUGGUUUCGUGUAGUCUUGGACGAGGCCCAUAUGAUACGAGAGCAGUCUACUCUACAAUUCAAGGCUAUAUGCCGCUUACAAGCCAACCGCCGUUGGGCCGUUACCGGCACCCCCGUCCAAAACAAGCUAGAUGAUCUCGCAGCAUUACUUGCCUUCCUCCGCCUGAAGCCGUUUGACGAUAAGAGCAAGUUUACAACACACAUCACAGCCCCCUUUAAGAUUUGCGACCCGGAGAUUGUCCCGAAGCUUCGGAUUCUCGUAGACAGUAUCACUCUUAGACGUUUGAAGGACAAGAUCAAUCUCCCUCCCAGGACGGACGAAAUCGUAAGACUCGAAUUCUCUGCUUCCGAGCGCAAACUCUACGAUAUAUUCGAAAGGAAUGCGCAAGACAAAGUACAGGUUUUGGCGGCAGGCAGGGAGAAAAUGAUCGGCGGUAGGACAUAUAUUCAUAUUCUUCAAUCCAUUCUUAGACUGCGUCUUAUCUCUGCGCAUGGCAAGGAUCUUCUCAGCGAUGAAGACCUAGAGGCGGUGCAGGGUAUGACUCAAGAAUCUGCCAUUGACCUUGACAGCGACGAGGACGAGGAGAAACCCGCAUUGGCAGAAUCAAGAGUUUAUGAGGCUUUUGAGCUCAUGCAGGAGACUAACAGCGACUUAUGUAUAUCCUGCCAGAAAAAGAUUGGCUCAAAUGAUAGUGCUAGUAUCGCGUCAGAGCGCGAAGAGGAUGUUCUCGGCUACAUGACUGCUUGCUUUCAUCUUCUCUGUCCUACUUGUAUCACGAACUGGGAAGAGGAGGUGGGCAAUCACGGUUCAGGUACAUGUCCCGUCUGCCAGGCCCACGUUCGCUUUACCUACAAUGAAAUUCGCAAGAGCAAGGCCGAAGUCGAACACGAGGGGCACCAUCAAUCACAUAAGUCGGAAACAAAAAUAAGAACGAAAGAUGGCUAUCCGGAAUAUUCGGGACCUCACACAAAGACUCGUGCACUUGUCGAUGACCUCCUGAGAACAAAAGCCGAUAGCGAGGCUCGCCCUGACGAGCCCCCAUUCAAGUCGGUUGUCUUCUCCGCUUGGACGUCUCAUCUCGAUCUUAUUCAGAUCGCAUUGGACAACGUUGGGAUUCGAUACACUCGCCUUGACGGUAAGAUGAGUCGAACUGCCAGGACCGCCUCCAUGGAUGCCUUCCGGGAAGACAAUUCGGUGCACGUGAUAUUAGUAUCCAUCAUGGCCGGUGGCCUCGGCCUGAAUCUUACUUCAGGGAACUACGUCUACGUGAUGGAGCCUCAGUACAACCCGGCAGCAGAAGCACAAGCUGUCGACCGUGUCCACCGACUCGGUCAGAAGAGACCCGUACGCACGGUUAGAUAUAUCAUGCGAAACAGCAUCGAGGAGAAAAUGCUCGAGCUUCAGGAGAAGAAGAAAAAGCUCGCAAGCCUUAGCAUGGACAGAAAUCGGGUUAUAGAUAAGGCAGAGGCGGCGAAGCAAAAGCUCAUGGAUUUACGCAGCCUUUUCAAAUAAUGACUUGCUCGUUUCUACAAGACUUGGCGAGUGCCUUAUAUUUACUUCCUUAAGGGGCGUAUAAUGGCGUUUUCAUGUUCUCGGCAAUACUUUAAAGGGCCAGUUAUCUAUAUUGCAUUUGCGCGGUGUUUUGGUCGUACUCGGCUGUACGAGGACCAUUGCUGGCGAGCAAGUUAAUUGACUAUAUUGCUAACGACUCACGAGGGAUCGCCCUCAAGUACAAAGGGUCAAAUUCAAAGAUCAGCAACUUACUCUCGCGAGACGGCGUACGGCUCAGAAGGAAUAAAAUUACUUUCGAGAGGGAGAAGAGAGACGAGAGACGGUGGAAUGCGUUUAAGGAUGAGUUUACGUUGGAACAGGUCAUGCCGACACGUUAAUUAAUGUAUGUCACUUCUAUUACUAAUUGCGGAUGAGGUUGUACUCUGCAGCCUCGUCGCUCGAUACCAGAAUCUGGCGGUUGUCGUCCAGACUAGGGGCGGGGCUUGACUUUGGCUUCGUCUUCCCGGAUAGACCGAAUGAAUUACACGAUAGAGUCCAUGGCUCUCUUUUAUUAUCGUUGCCUUGCGUACGAUGACGUUUCGUGGCUGUAACCAGUCUCUCGUAAUUUCUAUCUGGGCUAGGCUGUUCAGGCUGUUCUAGGCCGGCCGGCUCGUAUAAUCGAAUGUCUUUCUAAACUUGA